GUUUUGGAACAGGUGGGUAGGUGGGUGGGUUGGUGAGUUGGUGGAUGAAUCAUUCAAGUAUCCUCGAACAACGACUUCAUCCUGAGUAACUACUUACCUACUUAAAGAAGACUCAUUUCAUACCAAAUAUCUCUGGGACUUGGGCUUUCAGCUCUUCUCUUUUAGCGAUACUUCUCAUAUCAUAUCAGAUUAAUUUCGUAGGAAGUCUUAUUUGAUACAGUCGGAAAAUAUCUGAAAUUAGAUCCACCGUCAUAACGCUGCGCUUCGUGUUCAGGGAACCUUUUACCUAGUUACUUCGUACAUGCUCACGGCCCCUCUACCCGCUCGAGCUCGCAUUCGCAUCCUUAGUAUUCUAACAUCAAAGCCUUACACCUUCAUACAUAUUUGACAACUCAAGAAUAAUCUGUCGCAAGGCAUAUCCUAUAAUCGACAUACUCAGAUAAUCAAAAUGGCCUACAAUAGAGCAUUCAACCCAGAUUCGCUGCCUGCGUAAGCCAAUUCUCCCUUCUAAGAAUCAGAACCCCGCUGAACCAAUAACCACAGAUUUGCAGAGCCAGAACGAGUACAUCAUCUCUUCCCUGAAUCGCAUCGCGUAACUAUAGCUAAUCGCACAAUAGAAACACACUCAAUCACCAGCCGUUCAAUCCCCCGUCCACAGCCAAGCGCAACAAGCAAUGCACAACGCGCAAUAUGAAAAUCGACCUCCCCCUCAAAACAUACACCCAGACGGACGAAGACCUGAUGGCAGAAGAUUCUCUCCGCAAAUGCACCCCCCAGGAAAUUAUGGCGUAUCUCCACCAAACCGAGGCUACGCAACACCACCUCCAGCGCAAUUCCAGGCAGGUAGAGUUGCGCCUCAGACUCGACCAGUUCAGACUCGACCAGUGCAGCAAACAAGGCCCAAUACUUCGCCUGCUCCUCCGGGUGCAGAUCCUCAACUGUGGCCACUCUUCAAGGCUGUUGAUAAAGACAGUACGUUCUUACCCAUUCCUCUAUUCCGAUACACAAGCACCAAACACUUACCUCCAACUUUUAUCAGGAACCGGUGUCCUCACAGAGAGAGAGCUCCGCGCCGCUCUUGUAAAUGGUGAUUGGACAGCCUUCGAUCCAUAUACAGUCAAAAUGAUGAUUCGUAUGUUCGAUACGGACCGCAGCAAUACAAUCAAUUUUGAUGAAUUCUGCGGGCUCUGGGGAUUUCUCGCUGCUUGGCGUUCGUUGUUUGAUCGGUUCGAUAAGGAUCGCAGUGGAAAUAUUAGUCUGGAUGAAUAUUCAGAGGCUUUAGUGGCUUUUGGAUAUAGAUUGAGUGAUAGUUUUGUGGGGGUUCUAUUUAAGGCAUAUGAUAAGAGGAACGAGGGCGCGAUUAGUUUUGAUUUAUUUGUGCAGAGUUGUAUUAGUUUGAAGAGGAUGACUGAUGUGUAAGUUUUGCGGUUCUCUUUUGGCCAGGGUUUGGAAUACUGUUGGAGGCUUGGACGUCAAAUUCCCUACCUUCGAAACGUUUACGGAUUGGCCGCUAACAUGGUGUUUGAAAUAGCUUCAAGCGUUAUGAUGAUGACCGCGACGGUAAGAUUUGCUAUCUAUAUUCCAAAUGCAAUUUUCUAAUUCAUUCCAUUAGGUUACAUAACUCUCUCCUUCGAGGACUUCCUCUUGGAGAUUAUUCGACAGAAAUACUAAGUUCAUUACCAACAAAUAGCUAAUGGGAUACCCUUAAAGGAUCGGGGAGAAUGGGUAAACAGGAGUCUUCCGCUUUGCAAGGACUAGGAAAGAGAAAUCGUUAAAGUUUUAAGCUUGCGAUUACAAAAUGAUAAGUAAUGGGAAUGGCGAAAGAUAGGUCUGGAAGCGAGGAACGUGAUGUGAUGUGAUGUGUCUAUAGAAUUUAUAUAGAUACUCAUUGUAAAUAUGAUACCCAUGGUUUUUUGCACUUUCUGUCCUGUUU